UAAAAUGAUUCCACGGGGCCAGGAAGACCUUUUAGUGUUGAUGUGGGCUCUGUGUCGUCUGUAGAGUCUCUCCCUUUAUUCCUUAGACCUGUCGCUUUGUCAGUUUCCUCGUCUGUAGUUGGAGUGAUGGAACGACCACCCCAUAGGGCGGCUGUGAGAGUUGAGAUGGAACCCUUGGGCUAGCGCUCAUUUUUCCUGGCGUAGAGCCAGUACAGGGGCCUAGCCCUCCCUACACACCAACGGUCUCAAACUCUGGGGGACCAGCAGGAGGAGUUGGCAGUGAGCUGUGGGCUGCACUGGCCUCAGCCAGACUUCCUGGCCAAGCUCAGGAGGAGAGAUGCCCUGGACUGUCCUGCUCUUUGCAGCCGGCUCCUUGGCCAUCCCAGCACCAUCCAUCCUGCUGGUGCCCCCACACCCCAGCAGCCAAGAGGACCCCAUCCACAUCGCCUGUGUAGCCCCCGGGGGCUUCCCAGGGGCCAAUUUCACGCUGUACCGCGGCAGGCAGGUGGUACAGCUCCUGCAGGCCCCCGCGGACCAGCUGAGGGUCACCUUCAACUUGACCGGCGGAGGCAAGGAGGCUCCGGGGGGCACGUUUCACUGCCAGUACGAGGUUCUAGGUGAACAGCCGCAGCUGUCCGACCUCAGUGACACUGUGAGUGUCUCCUUCCCAGGUAAGGCCCUCCAGCGGGCCCCUCACUGCCUGGGGCUCCAUUCUCUCACCGCUGAGCCUUUGCUUAUGCUGUUCCCUCUGCCUCGUGGGACAAGCCAGGCCUCCGGCUUGCCAGCGCUCACCCACCUUUCCUUGGUCAGUCCUCAGUCAUCCCACACGAUGCGUCCUGCCAUUCUCCCCAUGUUGCAGAUGGGGAAACUGAGGCAUCAGAGAUGGGGGGGCUCACCCAAGUCACACGGACCUCUCCUUCACGGUGUCAAAAUGUGCCUCGAGGAUCCAGAUGUAUAUCCUACCAGCUUUGCAAUUCUGGCCAAAAGAGUAAAAAAAAUGCAGAAGAAAAGAGAGCGAGAAUCCUGCUGGGCCCAGAUCAACUUCACCACCACAGAUAUGACCUUUGACAAUUCCCUGUUUGCCAUCUCUACGAAAAUGAAUCCAGAAGAUCCAGCCACGCUGGAUGCUUGCUCGGGCUCCGUCGAGACACCUGGCAACUCCGGGCCCCGGAAAAGGCCCACUUCCACAUCUUCCUCGCCCGAGCCCCCCGAAUUCAGCACUUUCCGGGCCUGCCAGUGAGGCUGAGGAUCGGGGGCCCCUCUGUGUCUGUGCACUCUCCAUUCAGCCCCCUGUCUUGAGGGCCUGAGGUUGCUCUAGCUACUUUGGGGUUUCUGGCUGCUGCCUUCUCAGGGAAUUGAAUAGAGGAGACCAAGAGAAUCCUUGGCCUGGGGACCUUCCUCGACAGAGGAGCAGGAGUGGCAGAGGGGUCGCCCACAUUGUCCUGGAAGCUGGACAGAAAGUGGGAGCACUCUUUGGAUUCUACCCAGGAAGGAGAUGUUAGGAUCCCUGUGGCUCUCAGCUGGGCCAUAAGAGGUCUGAAUUCUCUGCACACCCUUCCAGUUUCCUCCUCCUCCUGUGGCGUCUGACUCGACCAGCCCAACUGGGUUUUUGGAGCAUAGGGUACCUGGGGGUAUGUUCUGUAUGUCUGUCCUACUGGCAUGCCUAAGUUAUUAAUUAUAACACGUGUUGAGCUGUUCCC